GUGCGGCCGCGCUGCCUCCAGGAAGCCUCACGGGCCUGCGCCGGCUCCCAGGAUGCAGUGUGGACCGGCCGGGCGCUGACGGCGGCGGCGCGUCUGCGGACAGAGCGGCGCGGGCCGGCCAGCGAGGAGCGCGCGCCGCGGACGGGGACGGCGGGCCGGGCGCGCGGGCGGCGCCUGCGGAGAGGCCGGAGCCGGCCUGCGUGGGGCCGCGCGGCGGCGGCGACUUCCUCCGGGCCGGGCCGGACAGCGCAGGGCCAUGGCCGAGGCGGCCGCGGCUCCGAUUUCUCCCUGGACGAUGGCAGCUACAAUUCAGGCAAUGGAGAGGAAGAUCGAAUCACAGGCUGCCCGCUUGCUGUCCCUAGAAGGUCGAGCGGGGAUGGCCGAGAAGAAGCUGGCCGACUGCGAGAAGACGGCCGUGGAGUUCGGGAACCAGCUGGAGGGCAAGUGGGCCGUGCUGGGCACCCUGCUGCAGGAGUACGGGCUGCUGCAGAGGCGGCUGGAGAACAUGGAGAACCUGCUGAGGAACAGGAACUUCUGGGUCCUGCGGCUGCCCCCGGGCAGCAAGGGGGAGGCCCCCAAGGAGUGGGGCAAGCUGGACGAGUGGCAGAAGGAGCUGUACAAGCACGUGAUGAGGGGCAACUACGAGACGCUCGUCUCCCUGGAUUAUGCCAUCUCCAAGCCCGAGGUCCUGUCCCAGACUGAGCAAGGGAAGGAGCCGUGUGGCUGGCGCCGCACAGCCCCCAAGGUUCCGGAUGUUCCUGUGGACCCAAGUCCAGGCUCGGGACCCCCGGUUCCUGCCCCUGACCUCUUAAUGCAGAUCAAGCAGGAGGGUGAGCUCCAGCUCCAGGAGCAGCAGGCUCUGGGUGUAGAGGCGUGGGCAGCCGGACAGCCAGAUAUCGGGGAGGAGCCCUGGGGCCUCAGCCAGCUGGAUUCCGGGGCAGGAGACGUCUCUACAGAUGCUGCUUCUGGGGUCCACUCCAGCUUCUCAACCACUAUUGCACCCACUUCCUGGCAGGCGGAUCUCCCUCCCCACCACCCCUCAUCCGCAUGCUCCGACGGGACCCUGAAGCUCAACACGGCCGCCUCCACGGAAGCAGAUGUAAAAAUUGUGAUAAAAACGGAAGUCCAGGAAGAGGAGGUGGUGGCUACACCAGUGCACCCUACUGACCUAGAGGCCCACGGGACUUUAUUUGGACCAGGCCAAGCCGCGAGGUUUUUCCCUAGUCCUGUCCAGGAAGGCGCCUGGGAGAGCCAGGGCAGCUCCUUCCCCAGCCAGGACCCCGUGCUGGGGCUUAGAGAGCCCGCGCGGCCUGAGCGGGACAUGGGGGAGCCCAGCCCUGCCGUGGCCCAGGAUGAGACCCCGCCAGGAGACUGGCUCCUUGGGGGGGUCCGGUGGGGCUGGAAUUUCAGGUGUAAACCUCCUGUGGGUCUGAACCCGAGGACUGGGCCCGAGGGGCUGCCCUAUACCUCCCCUGACAAUGGAGAGGCUGUUCUGGACCCAGGCCAGGCCCCGAGACCCUUCAGUGACCCCUGUAAAUACCCUGGCCGGACCAAAAGCUUUGGCCACAAGCCAAGCCUGAAGAAGCACCCGGCCACGGCCACGGGGGGGCGGCCCUUCACCUGCGCCACAUGCGGGAAGAGCUUCCAGCUGCAGGUGAGCCUGAGCGCACACCAGCGCAGCUGCGGGCUGCCCGACGGGGCGGCGGGGGCGGCGGGGGCCGCGCGGGACGGCAGCGCCCUGCGGUGCGGGGAGUGCGGGCGCUGCUUCACGCGGCCAGCCCACCUCAUCCGGCACCGCAUGCUGCACACGGGCGAGCGGCCCUUCCCCUGCACCGAGUGCGAGAAGCGCUUCACCGAGCGCUCCAAGCUCAUCGACCACUACCGAACGCACACGGGCGUGCGGCCCUUCACCUGCACCGUCUGCGGCAAGAGCUUCAUCCGCAAGGACCACCUGCGCAAGCACCAGCGCAACCACGCGGCCGGGGCCAAGGGCCCGGCCCGGGGCCAGCCGCUGCCUCCCCUCCCGGCCGGCCCCCAAGACCCCUUCAAGAGCCCCGCCUCCAAAGGACCCUUGGCCUCCACAGACCUUGUGACCGACUGGACUUGUGGCCUGAGUGUCCUGGGACCCACCGAUGGCGGGGACCUGUGAGGCACCCCAGGACGGCCAGUGUCGGCUCAGCCCUCCGAUCCUUGCGGGCCAGGCGUGUAAAAAGUCCCGUUUCCAGACGUCGGGGGGCGGCUCACGCAGAGGCGGGAGUGGACACUGGGAGACUAAAUCCCCACGUUGCUGAACUGAUCACUGGAAGAAGAGAAACUGUUAAUAUGGCUUCCACCUCUAAACAAAGUAGAACUCUGAUUGUGAAACAGCACCAUAGAAUUUUAAGUAAUUUAAUUACGAAACUUUUUUUUUUAUUCUUGAAGAAGCUGGAAAAUAGUCGUAGUACCAGUUUAAACUUUCUAGCAUACUUUCGGUUUCCAGAGCGUGUGUUUAUGUGGCUGUGUCCUUACCAAGUCAGACAGAGUGUGCUGGAAGGUUGGCGGGGCUCGGGACACAGUGAGGAGGGACCGAGAGCUCCCUGGCCCCACUGACUCCGAGGGAUGAGAUGGCCUUAGCCCGGAGCCCUGGCGGAGCUGGGCGCUGCUGGGCCGGGGCGGCGGGGCUGAGCCUGGGGCUCCGAGCCUCACUCAGCAGGGAGAGGACUUGCCUGGAGCAGCAGCUCCAUUCCCCACUCGCCUCUGCCGUCAGAAGGGAGCUCGACAGUGUUGCCCUGUUGCAUGACCUCGGGAAGGAAAGUUGUCUGAAAACACAGGGGUAGGGCUGCAGAGGUGACCGGGCAGGAGUAGUGCUGCCACCAGCUAGGAACCAGCGGAGCCAGAAACAGCCUGGCCUACCAACCGCACCUGAACCUGCUUCCACUCUGCAAACAUGCUCGUGACCCCUGCAUAGAGGUUUUCAUUGUCAAAGUGCUUUCACAUUACAUCCCAUUUGAUUGUUACCGUGACCUUGUAAAACCCGCAGGGCAAGUCUUCUUUCUUGUUAAAGGUGAGGAAGUAAAUUACUCAAAGGGGAUACAUCUCAGCCUGCACUGUGGAGGCCGCUGGGGCCAGCAGUUGGGAAAAGCCUCAGGUUGGACACCGCUUGUCCUCCCAGAACCUGUUUGGGGAAGGGAAGCUCUUCGUUUUCACCCUCUCAGAAGGGACGUUCCACAAGUGCAGGAGCAAAGUGGUCAGGCCUCAGGCUUUAGCUGAGCCCAGGCCUCCCUGGCGUGUGCUCCCAGCAAGGCCUGAGAGGUGGGGUAUGGAUGAUGCUUGCUCCUUCUCCGCUGACAUCCUACCAGUGGAAUCAGACGUGGGCCCGGGUUUCUUGAUUCCACAGUGCUGGCCCCAGCCACACAAGUAACCAUUCCUGUUUUGUUGAAGCUGCCACUGGAUCCCUUAUCCAAAACGGGUGACGUGUUCCCCAACCCCGCAGAGGAGAGACCAGGGCUGCUAUUCACUCAGCUCCCCCAUGUGUACUUUUGUUAGACAAUAGACUAGUUAAGAAAAUUGUUUCUUUGUACUGUAUAUUUUGUACCUGUUUACACCUCUAAUUGAUAUAACUGAUAUUUUGAAAAACAAAUGAAGAGGAAAUGCCCUGUUAAAAUAAAACCUAACCAGC